AUGAUCGGUAAAAUGUAUAUACCGGAUGCCGUUUUGGCCACUAGAGACGAAAACAAGGUUGAACUUACAAAAAUGAUGAAGAUAAUUCUUGCCGCUGCCGUCGGCAGUCCGAGGGGUAAAGAAGUUAUCGAGAAGAUCAUGACGCUUCAAAAAUCAAUCCAACAAAUCGUUAUGAUGUCGAUAAAAGAAUUGGACGACACGAAAGUCAGUUUAACAGCGGAGCCAAUCGAAUUAUUUGACGUUGCGUUAUUUGAAAAUUCAAACGCAUCUGAAGUUAGCGGAAGCCCAAAGGUGCUGCAGGCCGACCUCAACGAGGCGAUGGAGAAGUGCGAGGAGCUAGAAAAUCAGGUUUCCGCCUUGCAGAAAGAAAAGCAUCACAUUCUCCAGGAAAAUGAAUCUCUGAAGGCCAAAGUUUUUGGCAAAGUUGAAGUUUAUGAAGAAGACGAGUAG